UCAGUUUAUGUUUAUCAACAUCCAAGGCGGAAUCUCAAAAAUUUGCUUACAUUCAAAACGUUACCCUACCACGUGCAGUGUACAAAUAUUAACUUCUAGCAAUAGCUUAAGUAAUAUGCUGAAACCAAUACUCCAUCAAAUCGGAGCGAAACGGGUUGUACUUGCCAGUGGUUCCCCGCGUCGACAGGAGUUGAUACAAAAUUUGGGUAUAUCUAACGUUCAGCUAUGUCCAUCAACGUUCGAGGAAAACCUGGACCCGUCGCUGUAUUCUUUCAGCGAUUAUGUAGCCAUGACGGCACUCGGCAAAGUGCGCGAAGUUUAUGAGCGCCUGUCGAAAGAUGAUGCAACGAAAGCGGACGUUGUGAUCGGGGCAGACACCAUGGUCACGAUGGAUGGACAGAUGUAUGGUAAACCGAAAACACCGGAACACGCAUUUGAAGUGUUGCAAAAGCUCGUUGGACGCACUCAUACUGUAUACACCGGAGUAGUAAUAAAGUAUCACGAGAAGGAGGUAAAGUUUACGGAAUCCUGCAAGGUACAUUUUGGCAAAGCAACUGAUGCUCAGAUUCAAGCGUACGUCGACACAGGUGAACCCCUUGACAAAGCUGGAGGGUACGGUAUUCAAGGAUUAGGUGGCAACUUCGUAGAAAGAAUUGAAGGAGAUUAUUUUACCGUUGUUGGCUUACCAAUGUACCGGCUUUCUGUAGAACUGUGUAAAUUGUUCGACUAUCACGUAGAAUGAGAGUUUUAAGAUAA